GUGCUUUGGUGUCUAAUCACUAAUCUGAUCGAAGCGGAUUUAUUAGUAAUUCUCACCGAUCAAAACGGUUUGUAUACCAAAGACCCUCGACAUCAUGAUGAUGCUGAAUUGAUUUCAGAAGGCUCGGCCACCGAUCCAAGCUUUGUUAGUUUUGCAGGUUCCGCUGGAACCAAUAUCGGUACGGGCGGCAUGGCAACCAAAGUCAUCGCAGCACAACGUGCGGCACGUUCUGGCUGCGCUACCAUUAUUGCCUCUGGCAGAGAAAAAGACGUGCUCAAUCGCCUACAGCAAGGCGAG